AUGUCUGGCCCCGAGACGACUCAACCCCCAGGCUAUGAAGACACACAAUCAAACCCAACACAACCGGCAAUUGCGGCGGAAGACGAUGCCGCCUUUGAUGAUGAGUUGGACACUGGAAGUUUAGCCGGCAACUCUACAGCUUCAAUAACUUCGAGUGUGUUGAAUUAUAGAAUGGUCGCCGAUAUCAUGCGUACCGAGAAGGCGAAUAUGUUAUCGUACGCUCUCCAUCCGUGGUUCUGGAAGAGAAACCUACUGACCGGUGGAUUUUUGCCAAAGCCAAACGACGAAAGAGAACAAGAGCGUCUGGAUAUUCACCAUCAUAUAUUCAAUCUCGUCCUCGGCGGAGAGUUGUACUGUGCUCCGAUCUCCAAUGGAGUGUCACGUAUCCUGGAUCUCGGGACCGGAACGGGUGCCUGGGCGAUUGAUAUGGCUGACAAGAUGCCUCAAGCGAUCGUAAUUGGAACCGACCUGAGUCCAAUCCAGCCACUAUGGGUACCCGCAAACUGCACAUUCGAGAUCGACGACUUCGAACUCGACUGGAGAUACCAAUAUCCCUUCGACUUCAUCCACGCCCGAAACAUAGAAGGAUCGGUAAAAGACCACAAAAGGCUAUUGCAGCAGGCAUUGAACAACUUGACGCCCGGUGGCUGGCUGGAGGUCGCCGACGCUACCGUGGGAGUCUUCUGCGAUGACGAGACUAUCGACCGAGCCCCAAACCUCCUGGAGUGGAAAGACCGACUCAUCGAAGCAAGCCAUAAGUUCGGGAAGCCCAUGGGUGUGGCGAAGCACUACAAGGACUGGUUGACGGAAGCAGGAUUUACGCAUGUCCAACAAGAAGUCUAUAAGGUGCCGUUCUCACGUUGGGCAAAAGAUCCGAAACUGAAGGAGUUGGGCGCCUAUCAACAAAUCCUGAUGCUGGAAGCUCUGGACGCAUACUCGUUUGCUUUAUUCACGAGAGUGCUGGGCUGGAGCGCUGCUCGAAUACAGCUUCUGCUGGCCGGCGUGAGGAAGGAACUGUUGGACCGAAAAUUCCAUGGCUAUUCAAAGCUGUAUUUCGUGUAUGGACAGAAGCCGUCGUGA